CCGGAAUCCUGCUCCGCACCGCCUUACUAGAGCCCGACACAGAGUCGCGAGCGGCCGGACAUGAGCAGCAAUGACUCCUCCCUCCUGGCUGGGAUCAUUUACUAUAGCCAGGAAAAGUACUUCCACCAUGUGCAGCAGGCUGCAGCUGUGGGCCUGGAGAAAUUCAGCAAUGACCCUGUGUUGCAGUUCUUCAAAGCCUAUGGAGUCCUCAGGGAAGAGCAUAUCCAGGAUGCCAUCAGCGACCUGGAGAGCAUCCAGAAUCACCCAGACAUGUCCCUGUGCUCCGUCAUGGCUCUUAUCUAUGCUCAUAAAUGCUGUGAAACCAUCGACCGAGAAGCGAUUCAAGAGCUGGAGAGCAGCCUGAAGGAAAUCCGCAAGACAGCUAACAAGACUGCCCUAUACUAUGCCAGCCUCUUCCUCUGGCUCACAGGCCACCAUGACAAAGCCAAGGAGUACAUUGACCACAUGCUGAAGGUCUCUGGCAGCUCCAGAGAGGCCUAUGUACUCAAAGGCUGGGUGGACCUCACCUCGGAUAAGCCCCAUGCUGUGAAGAAAUCCAUCAAGUACCUGGAGCAAGGAAUUCAGGACACCAAAGAUGUGCUGGGGCUGAUGGGAAAGGCAAAGUACCUCAUGACACAACAGAACUUCUCCGGGGCCCUGGAAGUGGUGAACCAGAUCACUGUGACCUUGGGGAGCUUCCUGCCGGCCUUAAUCUUAAAGAUGCGGCUGUUCUUGGCUCGGCACGACUGGGAGCAGACGAUUGAAACAGCAUACAGAAUCCUUGAAAAAGAUGAAAACAAUAUUGAUGCCUGCCAAAUUCUAGCCAUGCAUGAGCUUGUGAGAGAAGGAAACGUGACCACGGCUUCUGAUUGUGUAAAAAAUCUGAUCAAGGCACUAGAGAUGAAGGAACCCAAAAACCCAAGCCUCCAUCUCAAAAAAAUUCUUGUGGUUAGCAGACUGUGUGGGAGGCACCAGGCCAUCCUAGGACUAGUGAGCGGCUUCAUGGAGCGUAUCUUCAUAGUUGCUCCCUCCUGCACCUUUGUGAGCACAGAGCUGGGCUACCUCUUCAUCCUGCAGAGCCAAGUGAAGGAGGCACGUAUGUGGUACUCAGAGGCCAUGCAGAUGGAGGAGAACAGGAUGGCCGCCUUGACAGGGAGCAUCUGGUGCCAGAUCUUACAAGGCCAGCUAGAGGAGGCCGCACACCAGCUGGAGUUCCUGAAGGAGGUGCAGCAGUCUCUUGGGAAGUCUGAGGUGCUAGUUUUCCUCCAAGCCCUCCUGGCAUCCAAGAAACCCAAGGGGGAGCAAGAGGCCCCAGUGUUCCUGAAGGAGGCAGUGGAGCUGCACUUCUCCCGCAUGCAGGGCCUGCCCCUCAGCCCCGAGUACUUUGAAAAGCUGGACCCCCUCUUCCUGGUCUGCAUUGCCAAGGAGUAUUUGCACUUCUGCCCCAAGCAGCCUCGUUCACCCGGCCAGAUUGUGUCUCCACUUCUCAAACAAGUCGCUAUGAUCCUGAGUCCUGUAGUGAAAGCAGCGCCGGCUAUGAUGGACCCCCUGUUUGUGAUGGCUCAGGUCAAGUAUCUCUCAGGAGAGCUGGAGAAUGCCCAGAGCACCCUGCAGCGUUGCCUGGAGCUGGACCCGACUUUCGCUGAUGCCCACCUCCUCAUGUCCCAGAUCUACCUGACUCAGGGCAACUUCGCCAUGUGCUCCCACUGCCUAGAGCUGGGUGUCAGCCACAACUUCCAGGUCCGAGACCACCCUCUCUAUCACUUCAUCAAGGCCAGGGCCCUCAACAGGUCUGGCGAUCAUCCAGAGGCCAUAAAGACAUUGAAGAUGAUCAUGAAUUUGCCAACUGUGAAGGCAGAAGAAGGCAGGAAGUGCCGGGGGCCUUCUGUGGGGCCCAGCGAGCGGGCAUCUAUCUUACUGGAGUUGGUAGAUGCCCUCCGGCUAAAUGGGGAACUGCACGAGGCCACUAAGGUCAUGCAGGAUGCCAUCAACGAGUUCAGUGGCACGCCAGAGGAGAUUCGAGUCACCAUCGCCAACGUGGACUUGGCCAUGAGCAAGGGCAACGUGGACAUGGCACUGAGUAUGCUGAGGAACAUCACGCCCAAGCAGCCCUGCUACACGGAAGCCAAGGAGAAGAUGGCUGGCAUCUAUCUGCACACCCGCAAGGACGUCCGUCUUUACAUCGGCUGCUACCGAGAGCUCUGUGAACAUCUGCCUGGCCCCCACACCAGCCUAUUGCUGGGCGAUGCAUUCAUGAACAUUCAGGAGCCCGAAAAGGCCCUGGAGGUCUAUGAUGAGGCCUACAGGAAGAACCCACGUGACGCCUCCCUGGUCAGCAGGAUUGGGCAAGCUUAUGUAAAGACCCACCAGUACACCAAGGCAAUUAAUUAUUAUGAGGCUGCCCAGAAGAUCAGUGGGCAGGACUUCCUGUGCUGUGAUCUGGCCGAACUGCUCCUGAGGUUAAAUAAGCUCAGCAAAGCAGAAAAGGUUUUGAAGCAGGCAUUGGAGCGCAGCUUUGCAGCCAAAGACAUCCCCUCCAUGAUGAAUGAAGUUAAGUUCUUGCUUUUGCUGGCAAAGGUUUACAAGAGCCAUAAGAAAGAAGAUGUGCUGGAAACUUUGAACAAGGCCUUGGACCUCCAGUCUCGAAUUCUGAAGCGGGUUCCACUAGAGCAACCAGAAAUGAUGCCCUCCCAGAAGCAGCUGGCUACCUCCAUCUGCAUCCAGUUUGGGGAGCACUACUUGGCAGAGAAGGACUAUGCCAGGGCAGUGCGGUCUUAUAAGGAUGCCUUGGCCUACUCACCCACUGACAAUAAGGUGGUACUGGAGCUGGCGCGACUCUACCUGCUCCAGGGACAUCUGGACCUGUGCGAGCAGCAGUGUACCAUACUCCUGCAGACUUCCCACACCCAGGAAACCGCCUCCGUGAUGAUGGCUGACCUGAUGUUUAGAAAACAGAAAUAUGAAGCGGCCAUCAGCCACUACCGCCAAGUCCUGGAGAAAGCACCAGACAACUUUUCGGUAUUGAAUAAAUUAAUUGAUCUGCUACGACGAAGUGGCAAACUUGAAGAGGCUCCUGCCUUCUUUGAAUUGGCCAAGAAGAUGUCCAGCCGGGUGCCUUUGGAGCCAGGGUUCAACUAUUGCAGAGGCAUCUACUGCUGGCACAUAGGGCAGCCCAAUGAAGCUUUGAAAUUCCUAAACAAAGCUCGCAAGGACAGCACUUGGGGCCAGAGCGCCGUCUAUUACAUGGUGCAGAUCUGUCUGAACCCAGACAAUGACAAUGUGGGUGGAGAAGCUUUUGAGGGCCAAGCGAAUGAAAGCAGGAAAGAAUCCCAGCAGCAAGGCGUGCGCACUGCUGAAAAGCUGCUGCGUGAGUUCUUCCCACACACGGCCAUGGGUCAGACCCAGCUGCGGCUGCUGCAGAGCCUCUGCCUGCUCGCCACCAGGGAGAAAGCUAACGUGGAGGCAGCUCUGGGCACCUUCAUUGAGAUGGCCCACGCAGAGAAGGACAGCGUCCCCGCUCUGCUGGCCAUGGCACAGGCCUACAUGCUGCUGAAGCAGAUCCCCAAGGCACGCACGCAGCUGAAGCGCCUGGCCAAAGUCCCGUGGGCACUGACCGAGGCUGAGGACCUGGAGAAGAGCUGGCUCCUGCUGGCCGACAUCUACUGCCAGGGUGGCAAGUUCGACCUGGCCUCAGAGCUGCUGCGGCGCUGCGUGCAGUACAACAAGUCCUGCUGCAAGGCCUACGAGUACAUGGGCUUCAUCAUGGAGAGGGAGCAGUCCUACAAGGAUGCCGCCACAAGCUAUGCGCUGGCUUGGAAUUACAGUCGUCAUGCCAACCCCGCCAUCGGUUUCAAACUCGCUUUCAACUACUUGAAGGACAAGAAAUUUGUAGAAGCCAUCGAAGUAUGCCACACUGUCCUCACGGAGCACCCUAACUACCCCAAGAUCAGAGAAGAAAUUUUGGAAAAGGCCCAGGGGUCCUUGAGGCCCUAGCUGUGGUCAGAGGGGGCCUGAAUCAGCAGAAGGCACCAGUCGCAGAAGUUUCAUGGAGACAAUGGGAAGUGGGUCAGUGGAGAAAGAAUUGAGAAAAUGACACAUUCUUCCCCAUUUCUAUUUUGUAUAUGGUUUAUUUGGAGUCAUGACUUAUCUGGCCUGAGGGGUAUCCCAAAGCUUUACCUUUUUGGGGUCUUACAGGGGUUUGACUCAGUACUUCAAGCUUGCAGGGCAGGUGAGCUGUGCCUCCAACCCUUUUGCUUUAGUUAUUUUAGAGCUAGUCUUGCUUUUU